GUUUGCCUUGCUGCAGUUGCUAGGAGUAUCCUUUAGCCUGGUGCUCACCAUUUGCGCCGUUCCAGCCGCACUUGUGACGAGCCUGACACUUCAUGACACUGUCUACCACCUCGGACAGGAGCUUCCUUGGCUAAAUUGGGUGGCAGUUACAAUUCAGGCCCUGGAUUCCCUGGGGAACGCCAUUGCUGCAUUGCUGCUGUCUGGCAGCCACAGGUUGUCUGAGAAAGGCAUAGAGCCCAUCCCAGCUGGCCAAGCCCGUCGACAAAUAUGUUGCCAGGUACGCCAUGCAAAGCCUCGAGCAGUCCUAGCAAAAGAGACAGCCUGGAGUCCUGCAUGGGAAGCAAAGGUUGAAGAGCUUUCGCUACGUGGCAUGACCUUGCGCAGCCUUUUCCGCUUCUAUCAGGACGAACUUCCUUCAGUGCGAAACUGGAGCUAUGUGCCCAGGGAACAUAAGACCAGAGACGUGGUCCGCCGAGUGAUCAUCCCUCUUACUCGCAGGGAAGAGUCAUCAUAUGCAGCUUCAGCUCUGAACCUGGAUGGCCCACGAAGAGCUGACGUCAUGGUGACCCACAAUUGGGGUAAUCGCUUCAAGGAUCUACUUGCAGCGGUCAUCGCAGAUGCCCUACAAGAAUGCAGCUUCAGCUUGGCGACGAAGCUGCUUGAGGCAGACCCCGCAUUCCUUCAGGAGGUCCUGAAUGACAGCGGAGGCCUGGAUGACACGUACUGGAUUUGUGCAUUUGCAGUCAAUCAGCACAUUUGCAUAUGCCACAACAACCUCUAUGAUCGCGAUCCUUUCACAAAUGAAUUGCACCCCGUGUGUACCUGCAGUAGCGUGAACAUCUCUGAUCCGGAUGGUCGAAGUACGGAGUCAGAGAUCAACAAGUUUGAUGACAUGAUGUAUCACCUUGCAACAUCAGGAGGAUGCAGACAAGUGAUUGCGGUAGACCAAUCUCUGGACUUGUUCAAUCGUGCUUGGUGUGUCGCCGAGAUUGCAGAGGCCAAUCGUCUGCACAUGAAUCAGGCACUGAACUUGCAUCCGGGGAUCAAAAACAACAUGAACAUCGACCAGUUCAACAUCGAGCUGCAAUCGCUGAUCUUUGACCCGAAGUCUGGCCUUCUGGCAUCCUGGAAUGCUAUGGAUAGCGAACAGCAAGUUGGCGAAGUCGGCCGGCUAAUUCGAUGGGGGCUUGCUGAUGCAGGCACCGGGAAGGUGUGGAAGGUAUGGGACGCCGAUGAGUGA